CGAUAGUAAGAGUGACAGACUUGGCAAGCUGAGAAUGCCCCACCUAAAGAAGGAGGAGAAACACAGCCUGGGACAGCCUUAUAAAUCCAUUGGUGCCCCGGCAUAGAGCACGCACACUGCAGACUACUGCAAGGAAGGAAAGGCAGUCGUCGAUGAGCUACUGUAAGAGCACCAGACCAACAAUGUCAAGAACCAUCAUCCUCUUACUGAUGACUCUGUCCUGCCUGGGCUGUGCAAGCUCCUGCAAGACCUCUGUAAUGCAGUAUAAACAUAACGGGAUGUGCUGCACACGCUGUGACCCGGGUACUAAGGUUAAAGCUCACUGUGGACCGAACCGCGGGUCUACCUGUGAACCCUGCGACAGCGGGACAUUUUUCAGCCAAAGAAAUUCGGACACCAAGUGCCAGAACUGCUCCCAAUGCCUAAGGGAGAUGGGUCUGUACACCGUGCAGGACUGCAUGUCCACCUCGGACACUGUGUGCGACUGCUUGGAGGGGUACCACUGCCUCAACAUGACGGAGAAGGGCUGCAGCCGCUGUGAGAAGCACACUGCUUGCCAACCUGGGUAUUUCAUCAAGCGGCCGGGAACAUACCGCAAAGACACGUGGUGUGAGGAGUGCCCUAACAAUCAGUGUCCACCAGAGGUGUGUGGCUGCAACGUGCAUUCUAUGCCGUGGAUUAUUAUGGGGUCCUUGAUUUGCUUUGCUAUCGCCAUCGCUGCCGGUGUGAUUCUGUGCCUCAAAGGCCAGGCUAAGAAGUCCAAGAAAGCUUUGCAGCACAAUGAACAACUGUCUGCGAGCACCGUGAAACAAGACAGCCUUGUAACCGUCGUCACCUAUAAUGAUACUCCAACAAGGCAAAUGGGCCAAUAAGGAGAAUGUUAUUGCUGCGCUGUGUGAGUGUGUGGCUGAAUGAUUCAACUCCCAGCAGGGAUCGCUAUUGACGCUGCUGCGGCCCUGUGUACUUCCCACUUUAAGAAGGGGGGAAAACCUGCAGAAAUCCGGGCAGAGGAGCAAAGCUCACCGUCCCAGGAAAGACAAGGAGAAGCGAGAGAGGCGGUCGCACGUUUUACAAUGUUUUAAAGCACCUGGGGCUAGGCUAGGGUGUUCCCAGCGAUUCCGUACAAUCCGCAAGUCAAUUACAUCACUCCCAGGAUUGCAAAGCUGUUAGUGGGGGUGGUGGGGAGCUUUUCUUGGAGGUGUAAAAUCUGGGACCUAAAAAAAAAAAAACUUGCCCCAUUUAGUGGGGGUAAGUUGUCUUAGUCUUAUAAUGUACAACUGGGUGAAGACGGUAAAGACUUCACGAGAGUUUGAAGCUGACCUGAGACAGCCAGGGCAUGCUGUUAAUAAGCAGUUUGUGUUGAUGAAUUCCCUAAAGUUUUGAAGAAAUUGAGACCGUGGUAUAUAUAUUUUUUAUAGUACUGGAAUCCCUGUGUCACGAGCACUGUUGGGGACUGAUUGAAACUGAGAUGGGAGCUAUUUAGAGUGUGUUUGAAUUGAAUGAUGCAUAUCUUUAACCCAGGGAAACUUUCAUAUUCUUUAGACUGUGAUGAAACUUCUACGCAUUCCUGAUUAAAAAAAAAAAAUUUUCAUGUGAUCUUUCUAUCUUGAACUACAGCAGUAGCUCCAGUUUCUGGCUAGCUGCGAUUGUGCUAAUGUAAGUUUUGUGUUGGGAACUGGGUUAAGGAGGGAGAGGUCUUGUGUAUUAUUUAACUAUCUGUACUGUACUGUAAUGAUAUGCAAUAAUAAUACGGGGGUGUAAAGAAAGAAUGUCAGGUGUUGCAUUGAAAAGUUAAAGAAAAAAAAAAAAACUUUUUGUAGAACACUGCUCAGGAAUUAGACAGGACUUUUUUGUUUGCAUGGUCCAGAUCUCUUUCUAUGGGUACUGUGUAUAUAUUCAAUUUUAAAAGAUCGAAUGUUCUUAUUUAUUGUGUUAAUUCUGUUGAAAUCUGUAGGGAGAGAACAAAAAAGACUGCGUUCCUCUUUUAGAUCAUUAAAACACGGAGCUUGCUGAGUUUCAGAACACAAGCUGUAAGUCACUUUGAUACAGUAGGGGUGCCCAUUCUUUGUAACACUGCAUAGUUUCUGUAAGUUUAUUAGGCUCUUGAAAUGGAUUGUGUAAUACCAAUUUACCAAUCAAUACUGUUAAAAAUGCACGUGUGUUAAUCAGUUUAAUAAAUGUAGUUUUACUGUAAUAAAACAUUAUUCAGUACA